AUGGACGCAAUUCUGUCGCGUGUUGGGGAUGCGGAGUUACGACAGCAUUGCGUCGCUGCAGUGCUCGAUGAGCUUUUACAGACUGAUAAACAGGUCAAAGAUGUGGUACUUGCGCUGGAACGAACGCUUAAAGUAGUACAGGCGUCUCGGAAUGUCCAUAAGUCACUCAUUUUGAACGCAUCAGACCAAGUUCAAGCGUCCUUCCGUCAAUUGGGAGAAUCUUGUAACAAGAUUGGUCCAUUGCUUCGACUUUUGCAUCAUAAUAUGAGCGCAGCAUCGACAUCAAGUAUACAACAAUUACCAAAAGUCACGUCUGUAGUUGCUCAAGUAGAACCAAAAGCAACACCAACAGACUCUGCAUCCACAACGACAAGUGAGUACGAAUGUCUAUCUGAUGACUCAGAUGUUGUAGUCGUUACUACAUCAAAGAGAUCAAAGAAGCGGAAGGCGGCGGUUGAUUUGUCCGGAUCAGCACGGAAGAAGAUUCUACUAGACGACACAGAAAGCGUCCGGAAGCAAUUGACAGUCGAUCUACGCAACAUUCGUGCAACUUGCAAAUCAAAUUAUACUGUUGGAAUGCACAAAGAUUUGUCAAGUUUUCUCAAUAGUAUUUUUGAAAAGAAAAAAUUUCACAAUUAUGAACCACGAGAUGAUCCCGUGUUAGCACAAUUGCUGGAUGAAAUGGACAAUCGAAAUAAUGGAUUUAAAGAGAGUACAAUUCAAAUUGAAAGACGAAAAAAGAUCAAAACAUGGCAGAAUAAAAUGACAGCUUUGUCUUUUGCUUCAAGCCUUGAUUUGAUUUCAUUACCAGUGACGACGGAUCCACAGGCUACUGAUGUACAUAAAUGUAAGGAAAAUCAAGAUAUUCGAGCGUUGAGUAGACAAUGUAAUCAAGUUGCAUCAAAAUUACGUAAUGAUCACGCCAGUGUUACGAAUAAGCGAAAGAAGUAUAUGAAAGAUCUUGUUGAUGCGAGUAUCAAGUACUUCGCUGCAGUUCUUGAGAUAUCACAUACUGAAAACCAAACGAAUGACGCAAUUCAGUGCAUGUGGAAUUUUCACAUGGUAUGUGAAUUGGUUCAGUCUACUACAAUCACCCGUGGGGAAUGUGUGCAUCUUGAAAAAGUAUUGUAUUUGCUACGUUUGGUGAUGGCAAAAAUUAACAAAGUUCGAAAGAGAGCAAUCAAGUGUAAUAUUAUUGCCGAUGUCCUUGCAUUGUUUCCACCCUCUGUUCGACCAGAGUUUAAGUAUCCACCAGAGCGAAAGAAGAACAAAAAGAAGGACAAAAAGUGA